CUCUAUUCAGUCUAUUGUGACUCUAUUACUACUAUUAGUACUCUAUCUAUUCUCUUCUAGAUUUAUAGGCUACAUGCCCACAAUCUACAUAGAUUAAUGAUAGAUAGAUCUAGAUCUAAAAUUUAAGACUUAGAUCUAGGCUUAAGUAAAAUGUUUCAACAGUUUUAAAGUCAUAAUUAUAAUUUAUUAAUCAUUAAAAGAUCAUGAAUUAAAAAUUCUAGAUCUAGAAUCUUCAAUCUAGAUAAUAUUUAAAACAUCUAAAAUAAAAAAUCUAAACUGACUAAACUUAAAACUAGAGUGACUAGACUACAGAAAGAAGUAAUUUAUUUAGAUUAUUUUAGAUCUAGGAUCUCUAUAGUUAAUAGAGUAGACUUAGUCUAGAGAUUAGUUAGAUUCUAAAUUCUAGUAUCUACAAUUUAUAUCUACAUCAUCAUCUAGAUCUAUAUAUAUUAUAUUAAAACUAUUACAUUUGUAGUUGGGAUUACCAAUUACCUUUAAAUAGAAUUUUGACUCAGAAUCAAUCUGAUCUAACAAAAUUACAUCAUAACAUGAGAGUAAAGCUGGCUCAGGCAAGUGCUUGGCAAAAAGUUCUUUAUAAAAAGCAAAAAUAUCCAGAUAAUUAUGUUGAUCAAUCAUUUCUUGAUGAGCUGAGAAAGAAUCAUGGUGUACAAACUUACAGUUACAAAACUCUGGUCAAUGCAUCAACAGUCAUCACACAACAACUUAGCAGUGUGGCCAUCUUUAUUGCCAUGCACUUAUAUAUGAAGGACCACUCUGUCUCAGCACAAACAUUAUGGCUAAUCAUGUCAACUUUAUCUGUUAUUGGCUACAUUGCUAACUUCAUAUUAAAUAACUCUGCUGGUCAGAGAUUAUCUUUUACUCUUUUUGUGAAGCAUUUAAAAACCUCUUUACUGUUUCAAGGCUGUAGCGCUGCACUCUCUCCUGUUUUAGUUUCACUAACAGAGACUAUAAGCACUGAUACUAUUUACACUAUGACUACAUCCAUGCUUUUAGCUAAUUUAUUGCUCUUCAACUAUGAUACAUCACAUGAUGCUGUGCCAGGAGCCAUGUCCUUCAGUGCUGCUAUAUUCUCAUCUGUUUGUCUGGCGUCAAGACUUCAUACACCCUGGCAUGCUUUCACAACAGUUACCUCAGCAUUUGAAUUGUUUGCUCUUUGGCCAUCUUUGAGAAAAAAUAUCAAGGAGAAGUAUCCCAUGAUUCACCAGUGUGUUACUGUAGUCAUCGUCUUGCUCUGCAUGGCCUGUCUUGGAUCCAAGACACUGGUCGGUGCUGUUAUUUACUGUGCAUUAGUUCUUUUAAUCACUUUUGCCUGCACAGCCUUGUUUCAUUUUCUGCAGUCUCUGAAAAAUAAUAUAUCUGGCCCCUGGGACGAGGCUGUAAUACACAGUUCUUCUGUCUUGAUGGCGGAACAUAGCACUUCCUAAAUCUGUUGCUGGUUUGCUUCUUUAGGGUUGUUGUGACAUUGUCAUCCAAGAUUUGAUAUAGAAAGUAAAUGCUACUGUGCAGCAGUCAGAUCUUGCACAUAUUUAAAUUUAUUUUAUACGUUUCAGGAUGAUGAAAACUGUAUUAUUAUGUAUACUGUAAAAUAGCAAGAUUUGUAUGAAUUGAUACCUCAUUCCAAUUCAAUCUGUAAACAGCAUUUUUUUUUUUA